AUGUUCAAAUUUGAAAAUACAUGCAGGAACCGAAGUAUACACAGACUCCAAAGAAAUUUCCAUUAACAAUAACAAUUUUGAUCUUAUUUUUCUUCAUGGUUUCUGGAGUUUAUAUAUGCUCAAUCCGGUUACGGGUAGUAACCCCUCACACAGACACCAAAACUCAAACAGACCAGAAGCCGCAGCAAUGUCAAACUCUAAGCAUUGAACGAUGGGAAGCUCCUUUUAUACAUUUUCCAAACCCUAAAACAUUUAGCAGGGAAGAAUGUGUGUGCAAUCCAGUGAGAUACUUUGUGAUUAUGUCAAUGCAGAGAUCAGGGAGUGGGUGGUUCGAGACAUUGUUAAACAGCCACAUAAAUGUUAGCUCAAAUGGAGAAAUUAUGGGACCUUCAGAUAGGAGAAGGAAUGCAUCUUCAAUCCUGGAGAAUCUUGAUAAAGUUUAUAACCUUGACUGGUUCACUAGCGCUUCCAAGAAUGAAUGCUCAGCUGCAGUUGGGUUCAAAUGGAUGCUUAAUCAGGGAGUGAUGAAACAUCACGAAGAUGUUGUUGAGUAUUUCAAGAGAAAUGGGGUUUCUACAAUAUUCCUAUUUAGGAAGAAUGUGCUUCGAAGACUGGUAUCUCUGCUUGCAAAUGCACAUGACAAAGAAGCUAAGCUUUUGAAUGGAACCCACAAAUCUCAUGUCCAUUCACCUGCAGAGGCUCAGAUACUUGCUAAAUACAAGCCGACUAUAAACACCACUCGGCUGAUUCCUGAUUUGAAGCUGGCCGAGAAAGAAACUGCAAAGGCUAUCGAAUAUUUCAACAACACUCGCCACAUAGUUCUUUACUAUGAAGAUCUUGUUAAGAACCGAUCGGCUCACCUUUUACAAGUUUUCACCCAACGCAGAAACUCAGGGAAGUUCAAGACUUCUUAAGAUUGCCUUAUAGAGAGCUAAGGAGUGGUCAAGUUAAGAUACAUAUGUCGCCAUUGUCGGAACAGGUGGCGAAUUGGGAUGGUGUUCUCAAAGUUUUGAAAAAUACAUCAUAUGACAGAUUCUUUUAUUCCGAUUAUAAGUUGUAGUUUUUA